UUCUAUGGCGGGUUAGGGUUGAGCUUGGGUUGGGUGUGAUGGCGGUGAUUGAGCGGCGCCGCGCUUCGCUGAGGGGAUGAUGACCUUGUAGGCGCCGGUGGUUGGAUUUGCGAUUCCAGGCAUGGCUGCUCACUGUGGCAUCUCGCGGAUUGCCAUUCCAGCUCCUCCGGCACAGUGUACACCGAGUCGAGACCAGAUUAGCGGCAAGAGAUCGUGCUCGUUAGUCGGUCCCAGUGGCUGCGUUGCGCUCUCUAUCAGCAAUCACGACGAGCAACGCCGGAAGAACAGAUUAAAGUCGCGGAUUUUGGCCUCCAAAUUCAGAUUAGAAGGCGGUGUGUUGCACGAUAGUUCCUUCCAUGGAAGAAGAUUUUUGGAUCGUUCCAAAGGCAGCCAUGAACAACGUCUUUCCUCGUGCUGUUGUUCGUCGUCUACCACAACUACAAGUAGUUUCCAGGCCAGAUUGAGAAGCCGCGGCUUGAGUUGGAUGCAAUGUCCUGCCAGUCCCAGAGUCCCAUUGCUCAAUCGUCCACAAGUAUCAACUUCGGCAGUUGCACGAGCAUCAGUCGGACCGACGGAACCUCAAGCGACAAGCUUGAAAUGGUUGAAUGAUGAGAAGGUUUCGGAGAAGGACAGCGAGGGUGACGAAAGUAGCACGAAUGGAAUGCUCGGUAUAGAAGAUCAUUUGAAAAAUAUGCUUCCUUCACACCCAAAGCUACACCGGGGACAGUUGGACAACGGCCUGCGCUAUGUCAUUCUGCCGAACAAAGUACCUCCAAACCGAUUUGAAGCUCAUAUGGAAAUGCAUGUCGGGUCUGUGGAUGAAGAAGAGCACGAGCAAGGCAUAGCGCAUAUGAUUGAACACGUUACAUUUCUGGGAAGUAAAAAGCGUGAAAAGCUUCUGGGAACUGGUGCCCGUUCUAAUGCGUACACCGAUUUCCACCACACAGUGUUUCAUGUUCAUUCACCUGUGACCGCACAGGGAACCAACGAACCCCUUCUUCCUCUUGUGCUUGAUGCUCUACACGAGAUUGCUUUCAAACCAAAAUUUCUGGCUUCACGAAUCGAGAAAGAAAGAAGUGCCGUUCUUUCAGAGUUACAAAUGAUGAAUACAAUCGAAUACCGAGUAGACUGCCAGCUUUUGCAACAACUGCACUCGGAAAAUCUACUGGGCUACAGGUUUCCCAUUGGUUUGGAGGAACAAAUCAAACAAUGGGAUGUUGAAACAAUCAAAGCGUUUCAUGAUAGGUGGUACUUCCCUGCGAAUGCAACCUUGUUCAUAGUUGGCGACAUUGGCAGUGUGGGACGAACUAUAGAGUUGAUUGAGGCGCAAUUUGGCUCAACUCCUGCUGGAUUGCAUCAUGCGAACCUGGCUAGUCCGCUAGCUAAUAUUCUAGCAUCCGCUUCACAACAACUACCGAAACUUCAAAAAGGAUUGGCAGGCCCAACAGCCGUUGAUCCUCCUCCUGUUUCAUUCUUAUCAGCGCCGACAAGAAAGGAAAGGCAUGCAAUAAGACCUCCUGUUAAACACAGCUGGUCUUUACCAGGGAUAAGCGGAGAAAACAAAGUGCCAUACAUCUUUCAGCACGAACUUCUUCAGAAUUUCUCGCUGAACCUUUUCUGUAAGACACCCAUCCAAAGAGUCCAAACUUAUUCGGAUAUACGCGACGUAUUGAUGAGAAGAAUUGUCUUGUCCACAUACCAAUUUCGAAUUAGUACACGCUACAAGAGUGCCAAUCCACCUUUCAUCAGUAUAGAGCUGGAUCAUAGCGAUUCUGGACGAGAAGGAUGCACUGUUACUACUCUUGCCGUCACUGCGGAACCGAAGGAUUGGUCCGGAGCGCUCAAAGUUGCUGUCCAGGAGAUUAGCAGAUUAAAAGAGCACGGAGUCACUAAAGGAGAGCUGGCAAGAUAUUUGAAUGCUCUUCUAAAAGACAGUGAACAUUUGGCAGCCAUGAUUGACAGCGUUCCAUCAAUUGACAAUCUGGACUUUAUCAUGGAAAGUGAUGCAGUUGGACAUACUGUUAUGGAUCAACAGCAGGGUUAUGAAGCGCUGCUCGCUGUGGCUGAUAGCGUGACUCUUGAAGACGUGCAUGCCACGGCGAAGUCCAUGCUCCAAUAUGUUGCAGACUUUGGAGAUUCAAAUGCACCUGUACCUGCUGCAAUUGUGGCCUGUGUUCCGAAGUCGCUACACGAAAAUGGCCGAGGGGACAUUGAGUUUAAAAUAACCCCGGAUGAAAUUGUGGAAUCUAUCAAAUCCGGUUUAAGUGAGCCAUUGGCACCUGAAGCAGAGUUUGAUGUCCCGGACGAGCUGGUAUCAGCUGCAGAGCUAUCGACGCUUAAAAUGCAAAGAAAGCCAUGCUUCGUUCCCGUUACAGAUGGUGGAACACUUUUGAAGAUCGUCAACGAGCAGACAGGGAUUGUCAUGCGACGGCUAUCAAAUGGAAUGCGUGUCAAUUACAAGAUUACUCAGAACGAGGCUAAAGGUGGUGUGAUGAGAUUAGUUGUCGCAGGCGGUAGAGCUCGUGAAACUUCAGAUGCAAGUGGAGCUGUUGCAGUCGGCGUUCGAACCUUCAGUGAAGGCGGUGUCGUGGGUGGAUAUUCAAGAGAACAGGUGGAGUUGUUCUGCGUUACUAAACUCAUAAAUUGCGUGUUAGAGGCGGACGAGGAGUUCAUGUGCAUGGACUUCCAUUUUACAAUGCGUGAUGGAGGAAUGAAAGCAGCGUUCCAACUUCUUCAUCUUGUCAUGGAGCGGAAUGUUUGGCUAGAGGACGCUUUGGACAGGGCAAAGCAAUUGUACAUGUCGCAUUUCCGGGCUAUGCCUAAGAGCCUAGAGCGAGCAACGGCUUACAAACUUAUGUGUGCGAUGUUUGAUGGAGACGAGAGAUUGCUCGAGCCUAAUCCCUCAGCCAUCGAGAAGUUGACACUGCCAGUUGUAAGAGAAGCCGUGAUGAAGCAACUGGUGACGGGCAAUAUGGAGCUAUGCAUCGUUGGGGAUUUCUCAGAGCAUGACAUCGAAACAUGUAUAUUGGAUUAUCUGGGGACAGUUGCGCCAGAAAAGGACGUGCCUGCGAGGAAAGAAAUCGAAGCCAAAGAGAAGCCAGUUGUUAUCAAUCCGUCUCCUAAACCUGAAGUCUGCAAUCAAAAGCUCUUUUUGAAGGACACUGAUGAAAGGGCAUGCGCUUACGUCGCUGGGCCAGCACCAAAUCGAUGGGGCUAUACAGUAGAUGGUCUCGAUCUCAACGUUCUUGUGGAACCCGUCCCGAAGAACUUAACAGAACAACAAGCCCGUGCUUUGGCUCCCCCGGGUGUUGAAGUGAUACAAAAGCCCGGGGAGACUGGAUCGUUUUGGAAAAGGCCUCGACACCCGCUUUAUGGAUCUGUUGCUAUGACGUUGUUGGCCGAAAUCAUAAAUGCCAGGUUGUUUACCAAUGUCAGAGACGCUCUUGGACUGACUUACGACGUAUCGUUUGAGUUCCGUCUGUUCGACCGUUUGAAAGGUGGCUGGUUUGUGAUUUCCGUGACUUCGACACCGACCAAGAUCCAACGUGCUGUUGAAGCCUCGAUAAACGUUUUGAAGGGACUCCACUCGAAUCAAAUCACUCAACGUGAAUUAGACAGAGCGAAGAGGAUUUUGAUGAUGAGACACGAAUCGGAUUGCAAGGAUAACAAGUACUGGCUGGGGCUGAUCACGCAUUUGCAAGCUCCGAGUGUUGGUAGAAAGAACGUCAGCUGCAUCAGAGACCUCGCUUACCUCUACGAGCUGGCCACAAUCGAUGACGUCUACAAUGCGUACAAGUUCUUGGGGCUCGACGAGAAAAGCGUGUACACGUGCAUUGGUGUCGCCGGUACCGAUACGGAUGGUGGAGGAGGCGACAGUGCUUUGACGCUGGAAGAAGACACCGUGGAAGAACUACCAGUUGCGUUGCCUGGCUCGCAUUUCCAAGGACGAGGCAUGUCGACGAUGACUCGGCCAACAACGUGAUCAUCCUUUCGCUGGGAGAGAGCUCUUGGGUAACACCAAACAGCGAAAAUCUCCCGCAACACCGUUUACGCAUUACUGGAAGAGACAGCAGACAGGGAGGGGACUUGUAGACCUCCACUUUUCCGAAAAGCCGAGCUGUUGUUACACCAGAUGUACUUAUAAGCUGCCGCAUCGCUGAUUGAUUCACACACUCAAACACAGAGAGAGAGACACACUGUAGACACACAGACGAGGACCUCACGCAAGUUAAUGGCUAGAGUCUGGAUGGACAAAGCAUAUUGACAAAGUCGUUAAAAAAAGGAAGAAGAAAGAUCUGGCUUUGAGAGGUAACCAUCUCUGAGAUGCUCGUCCCCUCUAACUUGACAGGGAUAAUUCGCUUGCCGCCAUUAGAGGUGAUGCCUUUCGAUAAACUCAUGGAAAGAAAAUGCUUGUUAAGUCAAAA